AUGUGGGGCUUGGUGGAAUCUCUUCCUCUGCUAGUGACCAUUUCCUUGUUUCUCGAGACCGCUUUGGCCAAACCAUUUGUUCAUCUGGUGUACAAGCAGAACGACACCUGUAUGGACUUUAAUGCUGCCCCAGCCUGGUUUGGCCCACCUGUGCCCGUAACUGGCCUGAAGGGUUACCUUCUUGAAACAGUGCCUGCCAAUGCUUGUCACCCCAUAAAAGCAGCCCCGGUUUCCAACCGGACUCCUUCUGGCUUCGUCGCCCUCAUCCGCCUAUAUGACUGUUCCUUCAACCUUAAAGUUUUCCACGCCCAGGAAGCCGGAUAUCGGGCAGCUAUCAUCUACAACUUGUGUUCUGAUUUCUUGGUGAACAUGGCGAUCAGCAUGGAAGAGAGAAGGCUGCCGAUCGUUAUCCCGUCAAUGUUCAUCGGACGGACGGCUUCUAAACUUUUGAGAAGGCAAGUUCAUUCCGCAAAGGAUGCCCAAAUUAUGGUGGUGGUCCCCCAGAGUUAUUACAAUUCCUGCUUGGAUGAGACAUAUGCGGCUCUUUGGGAAUUAGUGGUCUACGACUUGCCGAUCUGGCCAGGUUACUGUACGCAACAACUGUUCCUCAAGAUCCUCAAGGAAUUUGGGCUGCUGAUCAGCCUCAGCAUGGGGAUUAGCUUCUUGGUGCUGGUCAGUUGGGCGAAAUGGGGCCGAUCCAACCAAGGCAUCCGAGUGAAGACCUUCAAACACGGUGACAGGUAUGACACUUGUGUAAUCUGCAUGGCGGAGUAUGAAGCAGGGGACCGGCUGAAGGUUCUUCCUUGCGCCCAUAUCUUUCACGCCACCUGCAUCAACACCUGGUUGCUCAUCCAACCCGUGGCUGACAAGACAUGCCCAAUCUGCAAGCAGAAGGUCCACAGUGCAAUCUAG